AUGCUCGGGGGUCUUCAUGGCCGACAGAUUAUUCAUGAAGAUAAUUCACCCAGACAACUUAAAUAUACUCCCCAACUUAAGGGUCUUCAGAUCAUCAACAGUAAUCUGAUAGAGGUAGACCCCGAACUGUUCCGGCCAAUCCCAAACCUGCAGACACUCGAUCUCUCCAACAACAAGCUCAGGUCUUUGGACUUCCUGGCUCAAGCCAACCUUCAGGCACUCGUCUGGUUGACUCUUAAUAAGAAUGAAUUGUCAAUCAUCAAUGAGACGGUUCUCCAAUCCCUCCCUGCCUUGACAUAUCUGGUCCUAAAUGGCAACCCUUUAACAUGCGAAUGCUCCAAUUACGGCUUUAACCAAUGGGUGCUGAGCAACAACCAGACGCAGGUUGUUGAUGCCUAUGGCUAUACUUGUGCCUUCCCCGUAAGCCAACAGGGAAACAAGUUCCUGGACUUUGACAUUCACUCCUGUUGGAUGAACACCAGCUUCAUCUGCUUUAUUUCCAGCACUUCUCUGAUUGUGCUUACUCUCCUUGCAUCCUUCGUGUACCACUUCCUGAGGUGGCACUUAGCCUACGCCUACUACCUCUUCCUGGCCUACCUGUAUGAUAAAAGGAGGAGGAAGACUGGCACUCCUCACCACUAUGAUGCUUUUGUGUCCUACAAUGUUCACGAUGAGGCCUGGGUCUACAAUGAGCUGGUUCCGGUGCUGGAGGAACAGCAGGGCUGGCGAGUCUGUCUGCACCACAGAGACUUUGAACCAGGUAAGCCCAUCGUAGAAAACAUUACAGAUGCAAUCUAUGGCAGCAGGAAGACCAUCUGUGUGAUCAGCCGCAAUUACCUGCAGAGUGAGUGGUGCUCCAGGGAGAUCCAGAUGGCCAGCUGCCGGCUGUUUGACGAGCAGGAGGACGUGUUGAUCCUGCUGUUUCUGGAGGACAUCCCUGCCCGGCAGUUAUCGCCGUACUACCGCAUGAAGAGUCUGGUGAAGAGCUGUACCUACCUGAGCUGGGCAAAGGCCGGGCAACAUACUGAAGCCUUCUGGAUGAAAUUAUGGCGAGCUCUGGAGACCGCUGGACGUCCCGCUGACGACGAACACACCAGACACCUCCUCACCGGACACCCCAGCGAUGUUUAGAGAGUUUUCUUUCUGUGAUCACUGAAGUUACCUUCAGAAUCAGAAAUGUGUUUGUUUGAGUUUUGAAUCCAGAAAUUAAAAAUGUUUAAAAACAA